AUGUCAAUAUGCAAGUUUGAGAUCUGGACUUCUCUAGAAUGCAUAAGGACAAGUAGUGCGGAGUACAAAAACCAGGGGUCAACAUUUGACAAGAUAUACUGCCUGGUAAUGCAAAGACAUUUCGGCAAGUCUGCUGAUCCUUCUUUGGUGGUUGAGGAUGUUUCUUCAGGCUCAGGGGAGGACUUAAACAUGUUAGAUGGACACAGUAAGCCUCAAAAUGUAACACUAAAUUCGGGGGGUCGUCUCAAGGCAACUGGUGAUGCUAUAGUUGAUGCAAUGCUGGAAAUUGCAGCCGCUUCGAAGAUGAGGGCAGCUGCCAUUAUGAGGAAUGAGGAGCGCUUUGCUAUAAGCAAAUGCAUAAAAGUAUUAGAUGAAAUGCAAGGUGUUGAUCAGAGUAUCUACUUUUUUGCGUUGGAUUUAUUUGAGAAUCCAAAUGCCAGAGAAACUUUCAUCUCUCUUAAGAGUGAGAGACGCUUGACAUGGUUGCAGUGUAAGUUUAACACUUCGCCAAAUGCAGCUAACGGAUGAAACUAAGAAACCUGUUACAAUUCUCGA